CAUUUUUUUUCUUGUUUUUUUUUCUUCUUUUGAUAACAAAACAAACAAACAAGUCAUAAACUGUUGAUGCUGAUAAGAAGUAAAGAACUUUGCUUUUUAAUUUCAAAAAAUUACUUCAGAGACCAGAAAAAUUUAAAACAUAUCUCAAAGAUGGUUAAUCCUGUACUCAUAGUACACGGUGGCGCUGGUGACAUUAGUGAUGACCGUGUUCUCGGCAAACUAAAAGGUAUGAAAAUUGCGCUGCGUUUAGCGAUGCCUCAACUAUUGAAAGAGGCAGCAUCGCCUAGUACAAAUGCUCUUGACGCAGUAGAAGCGGCCGUACGAGCAUUGGAAGCGGAUGAGAACUUCAAUGCCGGUUUUGGGUCAUGUCUCAAUAUUGAAGGUAAUGUAGAACUAGAGGCGAGCAUAAUGGAAGGCAGUAAAUUACGUGCAGGUUGCGUUACAUUGCUGCAUGAUUUAUUGCAUCCAAUAUCGGUGGCACGAUGUGUAAUGGAAAAAAGUGGUCAUACUUUUCUCGGUGGUGAAAGCGCACAAAUAUUUGCCAAAAAACAUGGUUUCAAUGAAGUUUUGUCGGGCACUUUGGUUACACCACAAGCACGUUUAGCGUUAGCUGAAUUUAAAAAAUUAAGCAAAACUGAUGAAAAUUUAGCAAACGCACCAACAGAAUUACCCGUAGUCAAUGAGUUGAAUACAUUUGGAGAGCCUGGCACAGUAGGUGCUGUUGCGAUUGAUAGCGAAGGAAAUAUAGCAGCAGCCACGUCGACUGGUGGAAUUACAGGUAAAGUAGCGGGACGUAUUGGUGAUACACCGCUAUUGGGUUGUGGUACAUAUGCCGAUAGUUUAUAUGGAGGUGUUUCAACAACUGGCUACGGUGAAGCUAUAAUGCGUUUUAAUUUAGCUCAAAGAAUCAUACAGAAAAUAGAAUUACAAGGGAAGAGCGCACAGGAAGCUACAUCAGAAGUGUUAAGCGAUAUGAAAAAGCGAGUACUUGGUGGCUGUGGAGCUAUUACUAUCGAUGCUAAAGGUAAUGUUGGCAUAGAUUGGAAUUCAAAGCGCAUGGGUUGGGCGUAUGUGCGCGACGGUAGUAUGCAUUAUGGAAUUAAUCAUGGUGAAGUUCUUACAGAGCCAUUCAUUUAAGUAUGAAUUUAAAUAUUAUUUAGAUAUUUUAAGUUUUUAUAUCAACAUUUUUUGUAUAAAGUAUAAAGCAAAGUAUAUCUUUUGAUAAAAAAAACAUUAACAAAAAUGUAAUAUUUACAUGUAAAAUUUGAAAAUGACAAUAAAGCAAGUAUUU